GCUGAAGAUCUCCUGUGGCACAGCACCUCCUCCUCCCUCAACGGCGCGCACACCACCUCCUCGCCUUCAACACUUGGAGUAGACGGAAUGGUUGCACUACUUGCAUUUUAACCGAGGCUGCAUCCGCGUACUCGUAAAACCAUUAAGGACAAGAACAUUGGACAAGAAUAGAGCGAUGCCAUCUUGUGACGAAACCUCAAUCCAGUUGCGAAAGGAGCAGGAUGAAUUUAGUGCUCUUCAGAUUCUUGGCAUACCUUCAUGUCGGGCUCCAGGUUGCUCUCCAGAUGUUUAUUUACCCUUGUCAUCUGCAUCCCCAGCCCUGUCACAUCCUGGCACGCAUUGGGCACACAGUGCGCUUGGGUGCGCUCCUGCCGACCCGCCAGCAGUCCAGGAUACAGGGAGCCCUCAACCGCGCCCUGGUCCACCUCCGACAAAGUGGGAACAACUUCUUGCCGUACAAUUUGAGCUUGGAAGUACUGUCCCGAGAACCGCUAAAUGGAGACCCGGAGUCAAUGUUCAGGUGCGUGUGUCAGGAUAUCGUUGUUCAGGGAGUCUCGGCUGUGCUUGCGUUCCCUCAGAGUCACGAGGAGCUCAUACAAGUGGAGUUCAUGUCCUCGUUUUUGGAAAUACCUUUCAUCAGCAUCAUUGAAAAGGGUGAACCUCUUAAGACACAGAACCGCUUCCAUUUGCAGAUGAUGACACGUACUCCCCCUUCUGCAUUGUCGGAGCUGCUGUUAGCGGUGUUGCUGAAGGGAGGCUGGCAGGGUGGAGCGGCAGUUCUUUGUCCGGGAGGUGGGAACACAGUAAUGCUGGAAGAGCUUGAACAGUGGGGUCACUUAGGCCUGGAUGGAGCCCACUGGCACCUCUGGGAGACCCUCAACCUGUCCAGACUCAAGGAAAAAACAAGUGAAGACAAGGUGAUGGAGCUCCUCUCACAGCUCCUCAGCAGGACUCCUUCUGCUCCGGCGUCUUCCGUGGUGCUUUUCAGCUCCGACCCUGAAUGUACGGCCACAGUGCUGCGCAGUGCCCACCAGUUGAGCGUUGCAUUGCCCCCCAUGCACUGGAUCAUGGGAUAUCCUCUUAGUCUUGAUUCUCUACACUCCAUUGGCUCCCCGCUGGGUCUUCUGGCUUAUGGGGAGGUGAAUCGCAAGCCCCUGAACUUCUACAUUAGGGAUACCCUGCAGCUCAUUGGCAGGGCUGUGUAUGCGGCGACCAUGGUGAGACCGGACCUGGCACUCAUCCAGAAUAUGGUCAACUGCUUUGACAAGCCCAAUAAACAUGAGCUACCCUCUUCUGGACAGUACCUUGCCAGGUUCUUGUCGAACACUUCGUUCAUGGGGCUGACAGGCCCGGUGCGAGUACAGCGCUCGCUCUCCAGGGUCCUUACCUCCCAGCGCUUUCACAUAUGGAGCCUACAGCGGGACCCUCUGGGCCAGCCAAGUUGGGUGACCGUGGCAAGCUGGCAGUCGGGCCAUCUGGAAUUAGAGGAACAGAGCCUGUGGCCAGGCAUGACCCAGCACCACCGGGAGGGCGGUCCAGGGAUUAGGCUCGGCGGCCGCUGGCAAGCAGGACUCCCAGUGGCGGGGAGCAGAUUGCGGGUAGUGACCUUGGUCGAGCACCCGUUUGUGUUCACACGGGAGGUGGACGAGGAGGGCCAAUGUCCAGCGGGUCAGCUGUGCCUUGACCCUCAAACCAACAGCUCUGAAGUCCUCAACCAGCUGUUCAGAGAGCUGGAGCAAACCAACAGCAGUUCACUGCCAACUGACAUGCGGAAAUGCUGCUAUGGAUACUGCAUUGAUCUGCUAGAGAAGUUAGCCGAGGACAUGCACUUUGAGUUUGACCUCUACAUCGUAGGCGAUGGGAAGUACGGGGCGUGGAAAGGGGGUAGAUGGACUGGUCUGGUGGGCGACCUGCUCAGUGGCGUGGCUGAUAUGGCCUUCGCCAGCUUUAGCAUCAACUCAGCUCGAAGCCGAGUGAUAGACUUCACCAGCCCCUUCUUCUCCACCAGUCUAGGGAUCCUGGUGCGCAGCAAGGACACAGCUGCACCCAUCGGUGCUUUCAUGUGGCCACUUCACUGGUCCAUGUGGGUGGGCAUCUUUGUGGCACUGCACAUCACAGCUCUUUUCAUCACCCUAUAUGAGUGGAACAGUCCGUUUGGCAUGACCCCGCAUGGACGCAACCGCAUUAGGGUCUUCUCUUACUCGUCUGCCCUGAACCUCUGCUACGCCAUUCUGUUCGGCCGGACUGUUGCCAGUAAAACUCCAAAGUGCUGGACGGGCCGCUUCCUCAUGAACCUUUGGGCCAUAUUUUGCCUGCUGGUUCUGUCCAGUUACACGGCCAACCUAGCGGCUGUCAUGGUGGGGGAGAAGACCUUUGAGGAGGUGUCAGGGAUUCAUGAUGUCAAGCUCCAUCACCCGUCUCUAGGGUUUCGCUUCGGCACAGUUCGAGAAAGCAGUGCUGAGGACUAUGUGAAAAAGAGCUUUCCUGAGAUGUACGAGUACAUGAGGCGCUUCAACAAGCCCACCACUCCGGAUGGAGUCUCUACACUCAAGACAGAUCCCCCUCAGCUAGAUGCCUUCAUCAUGGAUAAGGCUUUGCUGGACUACGAGGUGUCAAUAGAUGCAGACUGCAAACUCCUGACUGUAGGAAAACCAUUUGCUAUUGAAGGUUACGGGAUCGGGCUACCCCAGAACUCCCCUCUCACCCGAAACGUGUCUGAAUACGUCAGCCGCUACAAGUCUGACGGUUACAUGGACAUGCUGCACGACAAGUGGUAUAAAGUGGUUCCCUGUGGGAAGAGGGUUUUUGCUGUGACCGAGACUCUACAGAUGGGUAUCCAGCAUUUCUCGGGGCUGUUCGUGCUGUUGUGUGUGGGGGUUGCAGGUGCUUUACUCACACUGCUGGGGGAACACACUUUCUUCAGAUUCAUUCUGCCUCACCUCCGCCGCCAGCAGAGAUUCAAAUACUGGCUCCACACCAGUCAGAAAAUCCACCGUGCAUUAAAUAUGGGUUGUGAUGAUGAGAGGAAAUCAGAGGUUGAGAGCAGUGACAGAUGUCCCACCUUGUGCUUGUCAGAGAACUGUAAUCUCCACCGCCUGCCAUCCUCCACUUCUUCUCCUCCGCCCUCCACCUCCUCCACUUCCCCUUCCACUUCUACAACCAAGUGGAACAAUCAGAGUGUCAAGGCUGGUCGAGAGGCCAAAGAACAUAACAAGCAUGUCCACUUUAACCUGGAGACUCUCAACAGCUACCAGCUCCAAGCUCCACCCCCUGGGCCAGAAAGGGGCCGUAGGGGGUUGGUGGGAAGCCCGCCUACCCAGUUGUGUUCCAAUGGCGGACCUAACCUCAGUCUUAGCCUGGUGCUCUCCCCCCCGGCCUGCACAGGACAGUCAACGCCGUGGGAAGAGGAGCUGCGGGAGCUGCACGGGAGGAUCGAGGAGUUUCGCGGCCAACUCAGGGCCGCCCUUGCCAGGCGAGCCGAGCUCCAGCGGACCCUGGUGAGACAACGGCUCGGUCAAUCCCAAACAAGCUCGCCAUCUAAUCCCACCACCAACACCCUGACCAAAGACGUCAACAGGGGGAGGUGAUGUACGCUAUGUGUCCGGACACUCACAAAGGCAGUGGAUAUGAGGGGAUAAGGGACAUCCUCUCAUCUGAGAAGACGUGCUGUGCGAUGUUCUGCCUUCUCCUUUCUCAAUGACUGCUGGAGUGCUGUAGUGAUGGAUGAAACACUCUGUGAUGGAGAUUCAGCUUGUAAUCCUCCAGUUUGGCUGACUUCCAGCUUCAGAGAGAAAGCAUUUAUCUCUCUGUGUGUGUGUGUGUGUGUGUGUGUGUGUGUGUGUGUGUGUGUGUGUGUGUGUGUGU